AUGGCGAAACUGACGGUCCCUUUCAAAAUGGCAUUUAAAAAACCUAAAAGGAAAAAAGGCGUCUCAACUCAAGUCUCGUCUCCACCUCUUCCACCUUGGACUUACAGCCGCCUAUCGCCCACAACUGUCCAACUUGCUGCUUUUGCGCAUAACAGAU